GUCGCGGCCAAACUCUUUUUUUUUCUUUUCUAUUUGUUUAGGCCUACCAACAAGCGACUAGGCAAUGGCCCACCCAGUCGCCGAGUGGAACUUCGGCCUCUUUGGCGACGACGACGACGACCAUGACGACCUCUUUGGGGACCGAGACGUCGUCGGGGCCGGGGGCAACGCUGAUUUGGCGCCCCUUGCGCCCAUAAAAACUUUUUUUGAACUGGCUCUGCCGAGAGGGCCGAUUCUCUCUUCGGCUGCCGUCGCCGCCGCCACUGCCUCUGUUCCACCCGGGGCCCCUUUAUCGCUCCGGGCUGGACAGAGUGCAGCUGGCACAGUGGGGUCGAGAGAUUUGGUGAGCACUUCGAGCGGCUGGGUUUGGGCGCCCACAAGGGCGCCAGCCUCAAGAAGGCCUUUGAGGACCUCGUCGCUGAGCGGGGCCCCGACAGAACUAUCAGCCUAUGUCACGACAAGGAAGGUCUCCUGCGUCUCGCAUUCGACUUGCUGGUCGAGGAACGCUGGGGGGUCAAGUGGUUUGGCGCAGACUGCGAGCGAGUGAUCGCCCAGCCACCCAUUUGGCCCGAUGACUCGACAGUCCUUAUUGUCCACUUUACGUCGCUGCUGCGCAAGGUCUUUCACUUCCAGAAGCUGAGGAUUGCCAAAACCGCAAAGGGAGAGCAGAAUAGCCGAACCCCGGAGCUCGCACAUGAAUCACCUGUGCAGGAGCAGGACCCGAAUGUGGUGGAGAUUCCCGACCCAGCCUGGACUCGACAGCCUAUUCAACAGUAUCGUUCCUUCCAAAUCCACAGCUCAGGCGCGGCACAAAUUCAGCAACCCCUUCCUGAUCUCUCCGAGAUUCCAAACCUAGCUUUGAC